AUGGCGGCUGCCUUUCGCCCCGUCAACACCCCUCUCGCAGCGGAAAUUUCUAAGCAAGACAUCAUCAUGUCUCCGAGAAACUCAUCUCCCCGUCCUAGCACGGCGCCGCAGGCACAGCUGCAGCCUUCACACCCAUCCGACGAUGGCAAGACGCCUACGAGAGCCACCUUUAGCAGCAUCAACAUGACGAGCCAGAGACCCCCGCCAACAAGCCCGUUCUCUCAAGCGGCACCAGCCUCUGAAUCCACCGAGAAUGGCCUGCAUCGAAAUGACUCUCAGCACUCUACGAGGUCGCCCAAGCGAGAUUCGCUGGAUGUGGACAUGGACGAAUCUGAUGGAGAGACUGGAACUAUCGAUGAUGGCGCCGGCUCCGACGCCGAGAGUGUAAAUGCGGAUGGAACAAGAUCAGGCAAGAAAAAGAAGUCACAACGGUUCUAUUGCACUGAUUAUCCACCUUGCAACCUAAGCUUUACGCGUAGCGAGCACUUGGCAAGGCACAUUCGAAAGCAUACUGGCGAGCGCCCCUUCCAGUGUCACUGUUCCAGGCGAUUCUCAAGACUGGACAAUCUGAGGCAGCAUGCCCAGACCGUUCACGUCAAUGAAGAUAUUCCGAUCGACUCUCUUGCAGCUACUGGAUCAAGAUUUCAGCGCCAGAUCAGGACUGAUCGAGUUCGACAAGCUGGCAACAGGGCGAGAGCCUCUACUGGGGGCAGUGCUGGCGGCCCGGUGCGAGGACAUUCCAAGUCUCUCUCGACCUCGAGCAUCUCCAGCAUCACAUCCGUGGGAUCGGCCUAUAGCGCCCAGAACGACCCUCGGCGGCGCCCGCCCCCGCUUGUCAUGGCCGUUGAUCCCCGCUCAAGGCUAUCGCUCGAAUCCUAUCGCAGCAGCACCGACAGCACCUUUUCUUACCGACCUCAGUCUCCAGGCGAUUAUAGCACGCCCACAUCUGCCACUUUCUCAACGGCCCAGAGCAGCCCACGAUGGAGCGCCGGCGUUUCUCCGUCAUCUUCACACUCUCGAUCUCAGAGCAUGUAUUCCAUGGGUACGCGGACUCCUGGCCGCCGGCUUAGCGUUCCAUCGGGCACCACUCCCUUCCAGUUUGGUCAGGCUCAGAUGCCGGGCCGCGGGCCGGGGCCGAUGCUUGUCAAUAGCUCCAACGCCGGCGCCCUCUCGUCUCCGAAUGCAAACUUGGUUUCUUCGCCAACCAUGUCGACAUCUGGGUUUCCGGGCCGUAGAGACUCGGUGGCGAGCAGCACCGGCGGCGACGACUCAUGGCGACGGCGAACCUGGCAUCCCGAUAGCCGUAGCUUCAGCGGCACUGCCCAGUUGAAUGCUGUCCUCAGCCAAUCAGUGCGGCCAAACCCUCCGCCGCCCAUUGCAAAUCCCAGCAACCCUCAAUCUACCCUUCGCCUACCUGGCAUCGAGUCUUUUGAUCCUCUCCCUCGGACAGGUACUCCACCUAGGCGCAACGGAUCACCAAUGACUGUCGACUCCGAGCUUACCCAUCGACCUCCUGUAAUGGAGGCUAUUGACGAGAGGCGAAACCUCAACAUGUACGACGUCAGCCUUCAGCGUGGCCUUGGCCGUCUUGAUAUAGGACACAAGACACCCCCUCGUGACAGUGCGGGAAUGUGGGCGUCCGAGGUCCACAAGGCGGUUCAAAACCAAAUGGAACAUGCACGUAUGAACCAGCCAACUGUUCGAUUCGAAGAGCAGCCGCGGCCAAGCCACCAAGUGCCACCACCAGCCGCGCCGAGCAGGUCCUUUCACCAGCAUACCAUGUCAGCUCCCGCCCUAGCUUCGGUCAGAGAAGGCAAGGGACACGGCUGGUAUCAAGGAAUCCCUGCAGCUGAUGCGCGAAAUCCUCAUGUCGAUCGAAUGGUUCAUCCCAACUUCACAGGCUUUGCUGGAUUUCCGGCGCGGGAGCAAGCUCAAGAGCAGCGACAGCCACAAGUCCAUUACCACCAGCAACCGCCACCGCCGCCUCAGCAACAACAGCCGCAGCCGCAGCCGCAGCAGUAUCAACAACAUCAACAGCAGCAACAGACCCAUUAUCAGCAGCAACGCCAACAAGAUCGCUCCAACAACCCUGAUUCGUUGAGGCGGCUGGAGGCCUUGGUAGCCGUUGCUACUAGCGAGGGCUCCAAUACUGCCGCCGCCUAUUAAACCGGCUGCUUUGACUUUUCUUUCCUUGAUGAUGUUGAUGAUAUCCCUUUCAACAUAUCUUUCCAUCUCUGGAGAGAAGGACCAUUGAGGAUGAUGAUGAUGUAAGUCGCCGCUGGCUACUUUGCACUUCGAAUUUUAUCCAUCGCUCAGUCUCUGCUCAGGCAUUGACUUGCCAUUUCCUUUUAUCGCCGUGUUUCCCAAAUUACGAAUAACCCAUGACGGAACCUGGGCUGCAGUAUACAGCAUGCUACUUGAAUUUUUUUUUCCCUUUCUUUUUUUUUUUUUCCUUUUUUUGUUUUUACCAGUUUCUCACUCAAUACCGCCACUCUCUCGUCUUGUCUCAAUUUCUUGCAGUUUCUCUUUGGGGGCGUUUAUCUGCGAAUUUGUGGCGAAUACGGCUGGGUUCUUUUUCUUCCCCCCCUUUACCAUGGGAGGAACUUUGCUCAACGAUAUGAUAUCUUUUGUCUGUUUACGAAAUGGAUUGGAUAAGGCGUCUAUGCGCAGCCAACGCCAACUGAGUUGCACUUGCGAAUCUGACUGGGAGGCAAUAAGUCUUUCCAACGCUAGGCUACGGCCACAUCAACACCAGUGGAUCUGGGUUUGACGAAUUGAUACCCUUUAGCUUUGACUGGGUUUGGAACAGUGCCGCAUCCGUUUUUUUUUCUUACAAUACUUUCUUUUUGUAUUGUCUUCCUCUUAGUGAUUGAUACUCGGUGUCUUUGGGUAGUCGUAACUGUGUCUAGAUUCAAUGCAUGUUAGGUGUACUGGAGAUCUAAUCGGAUAUGUAACAUGACAGAAAUUGCACAGUGCUUUGAGAGAUGGUGACAGUGUAGACGCCUGAGUAAGAAGAUGCUAACGAUACUAUUUUACUUGCAAUUAUUCCGCCCCUGAUCAAUUUUUUCUUUUUUAUUAUACAAGCUGGUGCUACCAGACAGGAGUUCAUUUCGUUGACACCCGUCACGCCGGCUUUAAAAUCACUUUUUACCUGCUUGAUAGAGGUUCUUGAUGGUAACGUCAAAUUCCUCUGGUCGACGCCCCAGCAACUGCUCCAAAGAGGACGAUACAUGCGAUGUCUCUCCAGCACGAAUGGCAUCCCACGCAGUUGCCCAAGUCUGUGCGAGAGGACUGCCUCCAAACUUUGCAGUGACCUGCGGCUGCGUGGCAUACUCAUCCACGGUAACCUCUCGAAUUUGCAACUCUCUGCCAGCCACCGUGGAGAGAAGCUGGACGGUAUCGGCAAGAGACCAUUCACGAGGUCCAGUCAGGGCUACAAGCCUGUUCUUCCAGGAGAAAGCGGCUGGGUCCUGAGCGUACUGAGCAAUCAGAUUUGCCGAGGCUUCGCCCAGCUCAUCUCGCUUGGCCCAACUUAUACCAGGGCCGGAGCCAUCGUGGGGAAUACGAAUCUCAGUGGUCGUCGGGUCGUUGAGAUCCAAGAAGGCGGUAUAAAUGGGGAACGAUUCAUGGUAGAGGCCCUCGCGGAUGACAGUCCAGGAGAAGCCAGGAUCCUGGGCAGCUAGUUUGCGCAGAUGCGCCUCCGAGUCGAGGUGGGCGCCCAUGACCUCUGCCAGCGUGGCGUCCUUGUCCGGCAGGGCAAAGGCGAGGG